GUGGGUUUGGUUUGGUUUGGUUCUGUGGUUUGGUUGGUCCACUACCUAAACAAAACUAAAAACCAAAACCACGCUUCGGAUUCCCAAUACCAGCAACAAAGCAAAGGUGAGUGAAUGAAUGAGCGAGUGAGUCCAACAAUACACCUAAACCCGUGACUCACCCCUCUCUCUCUCUCUCUCUCUCUCACUCUCUCACAUGGCUUCUCAGCAACACGACGCCGUUUUCCGCGAAGAGGACAUGGACGACGACGACGAGUCCCAGGAGGACGAAGAAUACGAAGAGGACGACGACGAAGAAAACGACCCCUCUCUCUCCGCCUCCGCCGCUCUCGCCGUUACCGUCGCUGUCCCCGGUUCCGCCGUCUCCAACGGCGCCCCCGCCCCGAUGUCGGCGCCCUCCGCCACCACCGUCGUGGUCGCCGACUCCUCCGAUCCGAAGCGGCGGCGCGUGGACCAAAUCGAGGAGAAGAAGCCGCUGGACGACUCGCGGCGGCUCUUCCAGCGGCUGUGGACCGACGAAGACGAGAUCGAGCUCCUGCAAGGCUUCCUCGAUUACACCUCGCAGCGAGGAUCCUCUCAACACAACGACACCGCUCUGUUCUACGACCAAAUCAAGUCGAAGCUCCAACUCGAUUUCAACAAGAACCAGCUCGUCGAGAAGAUCCGGAGGCUCAAGAAGAAGUACCGCAACGUCCUCAACAAAAUUGGCUCCGGCAAGGAAUUCUCCUUCAAGAGCGCUCACGAUCAAGCCACCUUCGAAAUCUCCCGCAAGAUCUGGAGCAACGUGGCGCCUAUCGGCGACAAUUCCCUCGACGACGACGAAAUCAACCCUAGCCCCAACACUAACCCUAACCCUAACCCCAACCUUAAUUUUAGCCCUGUAAUUCUCAAGAAUGAAAUGGUUUUCAGGAAUUCCGCGGAGAAGAAAACACCGAAACGCCCUCGGCCUCGAUCGGCCCCGAAAAUCGAGCCAAUCGAUGGAUCCGCGUCGAACAGAGAUCAUAAUUGUAUAAGCAAUGCUACUCCUACCGUUACACCUACUGCUACAGCCAACGCCACCACUACGGGUGCUAAUAAUAAUAACAAUAAUUGUAACAGUGGCGGUUAUAGCAAUAACAUACCGAGUUUGAUCGAAGAGACGGUGAGGAGUUGUUUGUCGCCGGUGUUGAAGGAGUUGAUGGCUGGCGCCAUGGGAGGGACGUUUGGGGCGAGAGCGUUUCCGUUCAACAUGAGUCCUUUGCCUUUGAGUUUUGGCGGUGCGGAACUGGUGGAUGAGAAAUGGAAGAAGCAACAGAUUUUGGAGUUGGAAGUGUAUUCGAAGCGGUUGGAGCUUGUGCAGGAUCAGAUCAAAGCUGCUAUGGAGGAGUUGCGGUCUAGUGGAACUGGAUCACACACAUUGUAGUUUGUUUUUGAUUUUGUAGCGAAUGCUCGGAGUUCUUCCUCUUCGUGUUCACUGCAUACAGAUUUGCGUGGUAAUUUAUGCAUCCAUGGUUGAAACUGAUAGUAGCCUUUAGCAGUUAGCCAGUAACUAGUAAGUAAGUGGUAACUAGUGUUUUUCCUUUCAAUAUUAGUUUUUCCUCAUUCGGUAGAGUACCUGUCCAUUACAAUAAAAUGUUCUACAUUUUAGCCGUUUUCUUGUUCCUUUUAAUUUUAAUGGUCUCAUACAUGUACAGAACAGAUUGAAAUAAUUGGUGCCAAGUGAUGGCUUUGCACCAUGAUAUGUUGUAAAAGAUGCAAAAGUGGGUUCUUAGUUA